CAAAACAAAACCAAUAUGGAUAAGAAAAGUUUAAGUAUUAAUGAAGAAAUCCUCUCAUAAAUAAAUUUAAAUAAUCAAGAUCUCAAUUCAGCCAUUAAAGAAUAAUUUGAUGAUGAUGGUGUAGAAUUCACUAAUUUAUGUAAUUAAUGUGGUUAAGAUGGAAUCAAUAAGAUGUGUAAAAUCACUAUUCCUUUUGUUAGAGAUCUAAUUAUCAUGUCUUUCUCUUGUAAUGAAUGUGGAUAUAGGGAUACAGAAAUCAAAGGAGCUAAUGGUAUUACUCCAUAAGGAAAAAUGUUUAGAUUAUAUGUUAAUAGUUAAAAUGAUUUGAAGAGAAAUGUAUUUAAAUCUGAAACAGCAAGCUUAUAAAUUCCUGAAAUUGAAUUGGAAAUGUGCACUGGUACUUUAGGAGCUGUAUUUACUACAACCUAAGGUAUCAUCUCUAAGGUUUUAGAUCAUUUAAGGGAUAAAACACCUAUCUAUAAUAGUGAUGAUCCAUAUCGUGAUAAUAAAUUACAAAAAGUUUUCGAUUAAUUAUAGGCUUUUCAUGAUGGGACUAAAAGCUUUACACUUAUCAUCAGAGAUUUGAUCGAUAGUAGCUUUGUUUCCAAUGUUGGAGAACCUAAUACAGAUUAUAAUUUAUAAGUUAUUACUUUUGAUAGAACAGAGGAAGACAAUGAUGAAUUAGGAAUAGAUACUAUGAA